AUGACACCCCUCGAGCACAUAUACGGGGUUAUAUGGCUGGCGCAAUACUCAACACUCUUUGGAAUCAUUACCAUCCAAACGUACCUGUACUUCAGACGAUUCAAACCAGACCCUCUACUGAUUAAGGGAACAGUGGCGUUCUUAAUUCUUCUGCAAGCAUUCCAGACAGGGUGUUCUUUGUAUGUCAUCCGCGCCAGAAUUAUCUGCAACUUUGGAGUCCCGAUUCUUCGCUCCGACUGGGCCUCAGCCAUCCAUCAAACGAUCACAGUUACUUGUGCAGCGAUUGUCCAAAUGUAUUAUGCAUGUCGUUUCUACCGAUUGAGUCGUUCAACCUGGCUCUCGAUCCUUGUGGUAAUCCUCACUCUUGCACAGUUUGGGGUCGCUUUUGCGGCCCGUCUCAAGUCGAGCCUCUUCCAUCAAAUUCCGCAGGCGGUCGUGCCAACUCGCCCACUCAUUCUCAGCUGGCUUCUCCUCGAAGCAGUUGUCGAUAUUCUGAUCGCUGCAUCCAUGUGGCACUUCUUAUCCAAACAAAAGACUGGGUUCCGGGGUACUGAUUCCGCCAUCGCCACAUUGAGUGCAUACGCUAUCAACACAGGAGCCGUCACAGCUAUUUUAGCACUGAUCAUUAUGUUCGCGUUCGCAUUCUAUGGUUACCAUUUUGCUUAUAUGGUCCUUGUCUUGCCUCUUGGGGCUGUUUACGUCGUCAGUCUGCUCGCCAACCUUCAUUCGCGUUCCACGAUUCGGCAACGACUGGAAGCAACUAAUCGAAUGGGGAUCCACUCCGUUCAUUUUUCUCGGCUCCCAGAGAUGAGGCGUCGAGUAUCGCAUGCUGCAAAAGGGAAGGCCCCUGCAACUGCCUCUGGUGUCGAUGGAACCACGGCUCGGGGUCAGGUUCAGGCAGGACUUCAGCCUCUAUGACUUCGUAAGGUUAACCUGGGCGUUGGACGGUCCGUUGAGAUCAAGGCUGGGUGA